AAGUAGAAGAAGAAGUGUUCGGUGGCCUCUCGUGGAGCUCGUGGAGCUCGUGGAGUCGCUCGCUCGUGGAGUCUCGUGAGCUUCGACGUGGCGAACGGACUGUCCUGUUCUCUGCGGGGAUUCUCUGGCCUCGGAUUCUCUGGUUCUCUGGCCUCGGUCCUGUCCCGGAGCGUUCCUGGAGCGGUGGCCCUGUCCUAUUCUCUGCGGGGAACUUGUCAACGCCUGCACAGACUGUUUCGGCAGCCAUGCUUUUCGCCCUCGUGGUGGCCGUCGCAGCGGUCUUGCUCCUGCUCAAGCCGGUCACCCACACUGUGGUGAAGAGCACCAGGCUGCUGCUUGGGUAUUGCCGCCACUACCUGAUCGAAAGCACAGCUGACGGUGCGGGAACGGCAAUGGAAGUCAAAAGUCAGAUACACAUCCCCAGCAGUUCUUAUCAAAGCGUGCUUGUGGCGGCCACCUUCCUGGGACUCUGCAAUUUGGUGUGCGCCCUGAUGCUGUGGCGACGGCUCUCCCACAUUCGGGCGCACCGUGCGAGAGCUCUCGCUGUCCCAAGUCGGCUGUCAGCCGGCGAGCCGGCUGGCACGGACUUCCUGGAAGACAACGAUCCGCUGAGCUCUGAACACACCACGCCGGACCCAGGGCACCUGUCCGCAAACCUGCUCGCUGCGUGCGGUCAGCAGUCAUUCGCGACAUUUGACCAGCUCUUCAACAGCAUUGUCUCAAGAGAGCAAGACACGUUCGACAAAAUUGCCGAGGGCAAGAACUCGGAGGUCUUCCGCGUCCACACUUACACGGGCGACAGCGUGCUCAAGGUGGCGAAGCUCGGCUCCACGCAAGAGUCGCAAGAGCGCCUCCUGACCAAAAUAAAGAUAGCCUCGUAUCCCGAUACAUCGCCACCCGGCCUGAUGGAGGCAAUCGCGAACUGGAAAAGACCAGUGCCGCAGCCAGCGCCUGUUUGCUGUUGUUUCACAACAGUGGCCCUGCUGUGCUCUCUGAUGGCUGGGAUACUCGCCGUGCUUGUCUACAUCGCUGUGAUCUUAAGAGACAUCAGCCAAGCACUGCACCAAUCCGACCGAGAAGUAUCCCAGACCACUUCACGUGGAAUAAGAGCAAUUCGCGGCAGGUCAGGCUCCGCUGAGGCCGCCGUCUACUGCAGCGUGGGAGCGAGUCUUCAAGCUCAGUACAAACCGCAGGCUCGGACAGCUCGAAACACCAGAACGGAUCGAUCCUCACACGCAUCGUUAGGUGGCUAUGGCGGCGCACCAACCGGCCAAGGAUCCGUGAGAGCGCUGAGAGACCCUAGGAUGGACAAGAACGUUUCUGCUUUUUCUACUGGUGCUGCCAAGCAGUUUUCUUACAUACAGGGCGUAUGCCCUGAUGCUGAAGAAAAGAACCGGCUCCAACUCCCCACAAAUGAGUCCGCGCUGGGAAGAGGAAUCUGAGGAAGAGACCUACCCGCCACGUUGACGUGGACAAGCGGGCCAGCGCACAAGAGUUGAUGGAGCACCUGUUCCUGAAGAAGGCAGCCGUACUUUCAACCAUAGUGCCUUUAAUACGAGCCGCCAAAAAAAAAAAACGCUGAAAAAGCCUCCAUUCUGCACAUCCUGAAAAAACAAGGCUCAUGCUAUACAUCCUGAAAAAAAAGAACACUGUCGAAUUCGAGAAUGAGCGCUAGAAGAAAUAAAGAAAAUUAUGCAGAUCUA